UGGCUUACUGAACUAACAGCAACACAAGUUAAUUUGUAGGACAGAAAAUAAUGUUUUCGCAAACGAAUACUAGGCUAUAAACUUGGGAGAAAAUUACCUAACGUAAAAUGUAUGAAUAAAUAAAUGAAUAGCUACAAAUAAUGUAAAGUAAUUUUCACGUUUGCUCGUAAUAUAUAAGCUAUAGCUUAGGCCUAUAUGCAAUAAAUAAAUAAAUAAAUAAAUAAAAAUAAAUAAAUAAAUAACAUGCCGUUGAAAUUGCUGCAGCUGCGCUCUUGUUUCAUCGGUUAUUAGGCUCACCCUGGAUUGAAUUAUUUUCGGUUUAUUAAUACGGAAAUGAGCACAGAAAUAAUUAACUGCUUACCGAAACAGUCAACAGCGGGGGAACAAAUAUCUGAUAGCCUAUGUGUGCUGGAAAAAUAAUUUUUUAAUAAAACACUAUUUGAACUCUUAAAUCAAAACAUUCCAAAUAUAUUCCAAACAUGCGCUUAAUUCGCCUAAUCAUUUGCAUUGCAUGGGAAAUGUUUAAAUCGUUAAACAUGACAGCUAAAUGUCAUAUUAGAAAAAGAAGUGUAUGAAAUUUGAAUUAAAUUAUUAAUUAAACAAUAAAAUACUAGGCCUAAUUUUAUUAUAUAUUACUACUAGCUAUGUAGCUACUGGACUUUGCAGAACUGCGCAACUAUAAAAAGUAGAAUUACGCUUUAGGUCCAUGAACAUCACAGAGUGAACUUUGAAAAUGAUCUAAAAUAGCCUAAAUGUUUAUUUCCAUUUCGGGUUUCUGUCAUACUGUGAAAAAAAUAUGUAAUGUCACAAAAAUGUUCCAAAACAUUUAAAUGAUCUGAAUUGUUUGAAAAUAGCUACCUUAACUUCAGUUUCAGCAGGUCUUCAUAUGCAUUCUGUUUUUAAAGAUUUAAGGGGUUGAAAAUAAACAAACAAAAUAGCUUGCCAUUAAUGCUCAUUUUAACAGACUGUAAGGCAGAUUGUUGUAACAGAUUGACUUUUAUAUCAAAUUAAAGCCUCGGUUAAUAUUACAGUGGUCGUUGGCGCCCUGUCGUAGGCCUAGGCUAUUCUUAUCCAAACAGGCAAACAAAUAAUACCUUUUCAUAGCAACAACUCUUGCACUUGGGCACUUAGCAGAAUAAUUAAUGUGGACUCAUGCAAUAGAUUAGAUACGUUAAAUAAUUUUAUAUAGGCCUGCUACAUGAUUAUAACAGUCGUUACGCAGCAGCAACCGCGGAGAUCCACACUUUAUAGCAUUUCUACAAAUAAUAAUAGCUUAAAUAAUAAAUUUUUAGGGGUAUAAUAAUUAUUAUUAUUAUAAUCGACAAAUAAUACUCAUAUUAAUAUUAUAAUUAUUAUUAGCAGUUUUUUCAUUUUCUUAAAAAUAGGCUAGUUGGCCAAAUGUCUUUUCUUCAUUAAUUGGAUGAAUAUAAUUUUGUUUAUUCAGAACGAAAAUAUCCAUAGCCUAUUAUAUGAACGCAGCGGUGUUUUUAGAAUUAUUUAGCCUACCGCAUUUCAUUUUUGUUUUAUUUUUUUAAACAUGUACAACCAUUCAGGGGUUCCGUGAACUUCCGUCUACUUUACAGAAACGUGACAUAGGCCUAACUGGUUAAACAUCUAUAUAUAGCUAGGCCUAUCUGUACUUCUGACAACAUUUUGAGGUUUUCUCGAACACUGAAAAUCCUUGCAUUGCUAUUUUCACUGCUAUAUCUAUCACAUGGGCAUUGAGUGUUUUAAAUCCAAUGGUCCAUAAAGCUCUUAACCAACAACCUGACACCGAGAACCAAAUCAUAAUGCGACCAAAUAUUUUGAUUAUUAUGUUAAAAUAUGUUGGAUCAUGUUUUUUCUGAAACAAAAUAAAAAUAUUAAAAAUACACUGCACAGGCUAUUAGUCUAUAUUAAUUGUAAAUGCGACGUGUUGAUUCUUCACUCUCUUUUCUCUACAUUUGCGAGUGUGUGUAAAGUUAGUUUUUCUCUUCUUAAAUAGGUAGGCGAAGUCUGAUAAUGCGUAAUAAGAGUUAAUAAUAAAUUAUUUAAGGCUUGUCAAAGGAAAUAUUCAGCGUUUUACGUCAAGAGGAAUUAAGGGUCCUCUUAGAUUUAUGGAGGCCACAACAGCGUUAAAUAGAUAUUGAACUUGUUCCAAUUAAAUGCGUUAUGAAAGAGAAACGUAGCCUCAAUUCUCGCGGUGUUACAUCUGAAGUUGCCGAGCAACCGCAGAUCGUCAACAAAGCCUGCGAGGACGCGCACAUGACAGCGGAGGACUGUAAACAAAUGUGGAAGUUCUGUCAUAAACCAAACAAACAUGUCAUAUAAAGCAUUCUUGAGCCAUAGCAAAGUAUCAAAAGAGGACCAGGAGUUUUACGACUUGAAGAACAAAGCCGCAGAGUAUUACAGGUCCAACGGGGUCCCGCAGAAGAUAGAAAACGUCCUGAACGAGAUGUUUUGGCAGAAGCCGGAUGAUAUCUAUGGUUAUCUGGCAAACUAUUUUUCCAGGCUCUCCUAUAUUCCUGUGAUUAGUAAAAUCAUCGGAAAAGAGGUGUUUGACAGAAGAGGAUUGACAGCAGUUCAGACCCAAGUGUACUGCAUCAUCAGAAAUGAGGAAAAGGUGGUGUGCAGUGCAGUGAUGAGUGGCCCUAGUGAUGGUCUGGAGGCUGAUGGUGUGGCAGAGUCAGGAGAGGCAUUUUCUAACAGCAACCAGCAACGUCUGUCCAUCACAACAGCUCUGAAGUGGAUCAGAGAGCAUCUCAGUCCAAUGCUGCAAGGCUUCAACCCCACUGAUCAAACCAAUGUAGACAAACUACUCAGCGAUUUCUUCAUGGCACGUUACCUGGAGCACAAGGACAGUCUUAACAUAGAGAAGGAGGAUGGGCUGAGGAUUGAAUCAGUGUCUGAGGCUCCGCCCCAGGCCACUCCCACACCUGCACCUACCAAAGACAAGAAAGGAAGUGAUAAAGGUAAAAAAGGAAACAGCACAGAGAAGCUCCUCCCUCCUGCAGAAGCCCCAGUGCCACAUCUGCCAGGGGCUAUGGCAGUGGGUGUGAUUUCUUUGGCUGUGGCAAAAACUGCUGCCAGACUUCUAGGAGAACCCUUAUACCGACAUAUCACAUCUGUCAGAGUCCCGCAGGCUCAGAGUGAGAUGCACCUGCCUGUGCCCAUGAUUACAAUACUGAGCUGUGGAAAGAACUCUGCGGGUAAACUCAACCUGCUGGAGGAGGUCAUCCUCAUGCCCAGCUCAUCACAAAGAGUCAGAGAAGUCAUUGGCAUGGGCUUUGAGCUGCAAUGUGAAAUGAGGAGAGUUUUGAAUGGAUCUGCGUAUAAAGCUGGGCCUAUAGGUGUAACAGAAGAGGGGGCAUUACAGGUGGGGUUUGAACGUCCCGAACAGGCUCUUGAUCUAGUGACAGAGGUAUGUGCUAACCUAGCAUUGCCUCUGGGUUCAGACCUGCACUUGGCUAUAAACUGUGCAGCAGACGGCCUGAUGGACUAUUCUCAUGGGAAGUAUGAGGUGAUGUCCGGCUGUCACAAAUCCCCAGAUGAAUUGGUGGAUAUGUACGGGGGUCUGAUUAAUAAAUAUCCUGCUAUCACAUCCCUCAUUGAUCCUUUCAGGAAAGAGGAUGUAGAUCAGUGGGAGAGACUGGCUUCAGUGAUUGGCCAGUCAUGCUGCCUGAUUGCAGAUGCUGCAUCCAAUCUCUGUCCUCGCUGGAGUGAAGUGCAACCCCUCCCACCUGGAGUCACCAGGGUCAUUAUUAGGCACCACAGUGAUAUGACCAUCUCUGACCUUAUACAAAGCAUAGCAGAGCAGAAAGAGACGAUGCUGGCUGCAGGCAGUGGUGAUGUAUCAAUUGUUGACCUGGCUGUAGGGUCAGGCGUGUCCUUCCUCAAACUGGGUGGGUUGAGAGGAGGAGAGCGAAUGGACAAAUACAAUCGUCUAUUGGCAAUAGAAGAGGAACUGGAGCAGGAGGGGAUCCUGGGUACGGUUCUCUCACAUAAUGGUGCUAGAGAAAAAAACAGCCUUUGUCAGAUCUUUCCAAAACACUUAACUCCGGAAGCGACUGUGACUCUGUGACCAUCUCUACUUGAUGUGACUUCAUCUCCUGUCUGUCUGCCUGACAUUAUCACAGUAGGGUUUGUCUGACCUGACUGCGUGACAUCAAAAUGCAU